ACUUCACCAGAGUAGUUUACUCACAGCACUGACCCGCCCUCAGUCAUUGCGCGUGUUCAGCUGUGUUAUGCUCUCGGCGAGCGGACGUGACGCGUUUAACAUUGGAAUAUGGUUUACAUUUGAGUCUGAGAGACAAAGUGACCAUCGGCGCGCGUGUGCGUGCGUGCGAGCGAGCAUCCGCGACUCGGGAUCGGAUGCGCGCGUUGAGAAAGUAGGGAUUGAAAAGUUGGAGCUCGUGCCCGCGUGAGAGUGGGAGCUGUUUUGACAAGGUGAAGCGUCUGGUCCAACCUUCAGACCUUAAGACCCCUCUGAGCCCACCCGGGUGCGAUGGAUGCGCCCGUGGUCGCGCAGGAGGAGGCGGCGGCCGACUCGUGGCCGCUGCUGUCCUGGAUGGCGUCCUGCCUCAUGGUGUUUGGCGGCGCGCUGCCCUACGUGCCGCAGUACCAGGACAUCCGGAAGAGCGGCCACGCCGACGGUUUCUCCACCCGGGUCUGCCUGGUGCUGCUGGUGGCCAACAUCCUGCGCAUCUUCUUCUGGAUCGGGAAGCAGUUUGAGCUGACCCUGUUGCUGCAGAGCGUGGUGAUGAUCGUCACCAUGUUCGCCAUUCUCCACCUCUGCUGCGAGGUCCAGAACACCAACCGAGUGAGCACCAGGCAACACCGACUGUCAGACUUGGACUUUCGCUACUUCUGGAAGUGGAGCGCGUUCGAGGACUACCUGCUCUUCUGCUUCGGCUUCACCGUGCUCUGCGCCGUCGUCACCCUGCUGCUGCUGGACUCGCCCCUGUUCGUGGAGACGCUGGGCUCCGCCGCCGUGAUGUUCGAGGCCAUGCUGGGUCUCCCGCAGCUGCUGCAGAACUUCCACAACAGCUCCACCAAAGGCAUGAGUGUGAAGAUGGUGCUGCUGUGGACGGCCGGCGACGUUUUCAAGACCUCCUACUUCGUGAUGAACGAAAGCCCGUCUCAGUUCUGGGUUUGCGGGUCGGUUCAGAUCGUAAUCGAUGUGGCCAUCCUGCUGCAGGUCCUUCUCUACGGCCAGGACACACGGGACAAGCUGGGUUGAACGUGUUUCCGCGGGCAGUAAAGCGCAAAAUUCAAUUUUUCAUUUUUUUUCGCAAAAUUCGCAUUUAUUCCAAUUAUGGUAGACAUCAAGAACAUAACCGCCGUUAAUGUAUAAAUAUGGAAUCAUCUCACCCAAAUGGUUUACCUUCAAGUGCAAUUAAGAAAACUGUUUUCAUCAAACUAGUUAGCAUGUUUGUUCGAGCACUAAUAACCACAACUUUGCCUUUAACUUUUACAAGCAUGUUAUGUGUUGUAUUUAUUUGUUCUGUGUUACAUUACCUAGAUUCUUAGGUAUAAACUGCAGGAGAGAAACGUUGCUCCAGCUGCCGUCCUGCACCAGUAGCGCUGGAAUCUACUGCCUGACUGAUGAGUCUCCCAGUUUACACUACACAUCUCACUGAACUUUUCUCACAAUACACAGUAUGUGUUUGGGGGAGGGGGGGGGGGGGCAGCAGGGGGGUUGUUUGGGUGUUGCGUGCAUGCUGUUGAAAUUGAUUUUUGCAGCGCCGAACUCAGCACGAACACCAAGUAAUUGUAAAAAAACACAGGACAUCAAUCUGUGCGCUGUGUGACUCUGCUUUGGGGUUUAAUUGACAAGCAACGCAGUCCUUCCGCAGUACAUGACAAUGGUGAGAACAGUACCAAAAAAACACGCGUCACUGCGAUGGAAUGCUUUGUGCAGCACCUCAGUCACAAAAUCCUCUGUAGACACCAAAGAACGCUUCAGGCUCCAGAUCACGUGACGCAGUAUUAACGGUAUUACUGUUAGUGUUUGUGGCAUUGUCAAUUGUCUUCCUCCCAAUACUCGUCUUUAGUGCUCAUUCUAAUUCUGGGACGUCUUUUUUUGCUAUUUCAAAAAGCGACAGAAUGACUUUAUUAAGGGUUCUGGAUCAGUAUGUUUAAAUGAACAUAAUCAGCGGGAAUAUCAUACUUUGUUCUACCUUGAUCUCUUUUUUAACACGUUUAGUGUCAACGCACUCGUCACCCACCUGCUGUUUUUUGACUCUUAAGCAAGCAAUACUUAAGUAAGACUUAAUUUAAGGGUAAGACUUAAUUCUUGCUAGCUUUUUAAUGCAGAGAACAACGACACCCCGGGAGGGCUGGAAUAUCGCUGCCUGCUCUCCCAGGAAAUGUCAAACUACCCUCCCCUUAGCCAAAAGAAACACACCAACCCCCCUCAUCUGAACUGCCUCACCCCCCGAUGUCCGUACGGCCCCUUUGAUUCGAAGGCUUAUUUUCCCUUUCAGCGCAUGUAUAGUUUUCUGUUGAAAGUAUCGAUGCAGGAUGAAACAAAUCAUUACCAGCAGCUGAUCAGUGGGCAGCGCAGGUUGUACUUUACUUCCCCCAAGCCAUGAUUUAAUAAAAUAGCAGAGGUUCUGUACCUGCUUACUAAGCAUUUCGUGCACAUUUUGAAGGUGAUUACACGUAUCGCACAGAAAACCUCCUCCUAGCUGCCGGUGUGCCGCCCUGAGCAAUAGGAUUAACAUUACAAAGGGCUUUUUGAGACAAAGUUCACUCUCAUUGUCUGCUCUCUGAAUAUGAAGCUGCAGCCGGCAGCCAGCUAGCUUAGCUUAGCAUAAGGUCUAGAAAUGGGCGAGCUUGGCAAUGUUUGAUGAUGAACGAAAACCUCCAGCAAGUUGAUGGUUCCGGCCCCGAUCAUUGGUCCCCUUCUGGAAGCGUUGGCAUGCCGGAGUGUUUCCUGACAUUAUGCCAAAUUACAGAAAGUGGAUAGAAAGUAGAAUGUUUGCUCUUUUCUCAAAAUGUGCAUUAAUGUUGAAAGGAUUUUUGAUCAAUAAUUGAGAGGCAUUGUAGGAUCACAGGCCAAAGAAUCACUUUCUUUUCUGUUUGUAUAUGUGUAUGAAUCAUCUAUAUGUGUGCUGGUGCUGAUACACAUACAUACUGUUUUUGGGAAAGGUCAAAUGGCAUUUAAGUGUCCAGGUAGCUUAUCAAUGUUUCUAAUGUCCGGCUAAUACUGCGAGCGUUCUUUUUUUGUACUGUGACCUUCCAUUGUGUAGUUUACUGUAUUUGGGUACACAUCCCUCCUUAAAUUCUACUUCUCUUACAUUGCAUCUGUAAGAUGGCAUAUUGAAAGCUGUCUGUUAUCUGCAUACCGCAGUUGAAUUGGCAGAUGUUUGUCUUUAUAAUGUCUCUCUUUUCAAGGGCAGCAGGACAGAUUAGCACACGACAGGCUGGUUGUAAUAAUCCCUCUACAAAAAGAUCCCAUUGUGAUAAACGUACAUGUAGCCUUAACGCUGCGAUACUGGUAAGAAAUAGGUUUUCCAGUUCUGAGGAGGGAGAAACCUCACCACACAUGAGGUGUUUCAUGUGACACGAUAAAAAUGAUCAGUUACGACAAAACAUAUUCUGUGAAAAGCUUUCAAUGUGAUAUUUCUUCAGGUAGUUUAUUACAAGAUCUGUCAAGUCCAAAGAACCACCAAAAAAGAACCUUUUAAAGUAUUUGAAAGAAUGGCACAUCAGUAAAAUGUUAAACGACAGUUUGAUGGUUACAAUUACAUGUAAAGGCAUUUGACGGUAUACAAUACGGACAUUAAAUAUGGAAAAUAGAGGCAUGUGAAAUAUUUAUCAUGGUAUUUUCUCAAAUAUAAACUAUUUAUAUUUCA